GAUAUGUCCUCAGCACCAACUACUCCUCCAUCAGUGGAUAAAGUAGACGGAUUUUCUCGGAAGUCCGUCAGAAAAGCCAGACAGAAGAGGUCACAAAGCUCCUCCCAGUUUAGGUCUCAGGGCAAGCCUAUCGAGUUAACUCCCCUGCCUCUGCUAAAAGACGUUCCAUCUUCAGAGCAGCCUGAACUGUUCCUAAAGAAACUUCAACAGUGCUGUGUCAUUUUUGACUUCAUGGACACACUUUCAGACCUUAAAAUGAAAGAAUACAAGCGCUCCACUCUUAAUGAACUGGUGGACUACAUUACAAUAAGCAGAGGCUGUUUGACAGAGCAGACUUACCCUGAAGUAGUUAGAAUGGUAUCUUGCAAUAUCUUCAGAACUCUCCCACCUAGUGACAGCAAUGAAUUUGAUCCAGAAGAAGAUGAGCCCACCUUGGAGGCAUCAUGGCCACAUUUACAGCUUGUAUAUGAGUUUUUCAUAAGAUUUUUGGAAAGCCAAGAAUUCCAGCCCAGCAUUGCCAAAAAGUACAUAGAUCAGAAAUUUGUAUUGCAGCUGUUGGAGCUGUUUGACAGCGAAGACCCUCGAGAACGAGACUACCUAAAAACAGUCUUGCACAGAAUUUAUGGCAAGUUUCUGGGUCUUAGAGCAUUUAUCCGAAAACAGAUUAAUAAUAUUUUUCUACGAUUUGUUUAUGAAACUGAACACUUCAAUGGCGUAGCUGAACUGUUGGAAAUUUUAGGAAGUAUUAUCAAUGGGUUUGCUUUACCUCUUAAGGCAGAGCAUAAACAGUUUCUGGUGAAGGUGCUGAUUCCUUUACAUACUGUCAGGAGUUUAUCACUCUUCCAUGCACAGCUGGCGUAUUGCAUAGUACAGUUUCUGGAGAAAGACCCCUCACUCACAGAACCAGUCAUUAGAGGUUUAAUGAAAUUCUGGCCAAAAACCUGCAGUCAGAAGGAGGUCAUGUUCCUAGGAGAGCUGGAGGAAAUCUUGGAUGUAAUUGAACCAUCACAAUUUGUCAAAAUCCAGGAACCCUUGUUUAAACAAAUUGCCAAGUGUGUCUCUAGCCCUCAUUUCCAGGUGGCCGAAAGAGCGCUGUAUUAUUGGAAUAACGAAUACAUCAUGAGUUUGAUAGAGGAGAAUUCAAAUGUUAUACUUCCCAUCAUGUUUUCCAGCCUUUAUAGGAUUUCUAAAGAGCACUGGAAUCCGGCUAUUGUGGCUCUAGUCUACAAUGUGUUGAAGGCAUUUAUGGAAAUGAACAGCACCAUGUUUGACGAGCUGACAGCCACUUACAAGUCAGAUCGUCAGCGUGAGAAGAAGAAAGAGAAAGAACGUGAAGAACUGUGGAAAAAACUGGAGGAUUUGGAAUUAAAGAGAGGUCUUAGACGUGAUGGAAUAAUUCCAACUUAACAAAAAAACAAAACAGCAUUAUUAACCUGUGGAGUCACACAUUUAUGUAGUAGAAGAUGGAGCAAGUUUUCUGUAUUGUGCAACUUUACAGUAGAUUUCACAUUUGUUUCAUUAUUACAACAGCACUGUAUAUACCUGUCUCUAAGUAAAGGAAAAAAAUAAGGACUUUAAUCCAAAGUUUGGACAGCAGAUGGACUUCUCAGAACUUUGCAAACAUAAUCAUUGUUUUAACCCUUCUUUAAAACCAGUCUUCAAAGAUCUGUUGAUGAAAAUUGCGAUGUCAAAUUCCAUUGUCAGGACCUGUUCCUUAUUUAUCGUUAGCAGAGAGUAUACUACAACUUUCAAAUGUGAACAAUCUUAAAAUUUAGCUUGUCUUUCUGCUAAACUGUUAAGUGUAUUUAUAGUAAAAGAGAAAAAAGACUGUCAUUUCCUUAUGAGUUUGUGUAACAUCCUCCUUCUCUGGAUAACUUUACUGUAAUUUGACUUUUUUUCCUUUUGCACAUCUUCAUAAGUUGAAUGUCCAUUCAGAUCAGGGCCAUGAAAAACAUAGGUCCUGAAUAAAAGUUUUGUUUACUGGUGUGAGCAUUUUUUUAGUACCAGGCUGUCUCUGGUGCUUCCUUAAUUUGAACAUUAGGAGUUAAAAAGCAAGUAGGUGAUAAACAUAGUAGGAAAGGGAGCUUUGGAUUCAUGCACCUAUUUAUUGCAAAUCCAAAUUAAUGUCCACAAUCCUUUAAGAAUGGGCAGUGGUAACACCCUGGCCUUCAGUACCUAACCAGUAUUAGUGAUAUGGCAUCAGACACACAUACUGGAGUUGUUUUAGAAAUACUAAUUGCUAAAUUAUUACAGUAUGUUUUUAUUGGACCAUUUUGAAAGAAUAAAGACAAACGCUAAACAGUGCAAGCAUGAAAUUGAUCUCCAGGGGUCAUGGGUCUAAUUGGAAAUGGAGUUGAGAUAGCAGUUUGGACUGUUUGGAGUUGUUGCCUUACUUUUUAAUAUGUAUUUAUAAAGUGUUCCAGCAAAAGAGGAUGUAGCCUCUAAGAAACAUACUAUAGUGUUUUUGUGGUUCUAGUACUAUUACUCAUCACAGUACCAGCCCUAUGGUCUUAGCUGGAAAGGAUUCUGGAUAAUUUACUUCUGCAUUCUCAUCUGGAUGCUCAUUCCUAACUACUGUAUUUGUUACCAAAAGUGGUUCUACAAAUGCUACUGAAAAAAAUUCUGGAAAUCCUAAUGUUCUGAGUAUUAAUAAUAAAGUUUAAAAUGCUUUUAUAUCAAA